GGCCGCGCGCGCCGCCCGACCGCGCGCGAGCAAGCGGCCGGCCGCCGGCGCCCCCCCGGCUGGCGAUCCCGGGGCCCGCCAUGGACCUGUCGGGCGCUCUGCUCGUCGCCGCCGCCCUGGCCCUGGUGGCCUGCAGGCUCGCGAUGGCGCUCCAGAGGCAGCGGAGGAUACAGCAGGCCCUCCGCGCGCACCACCGCGGGGAGACCGCCGCGCAGGGCGGGUGCGGGGCCGCGGGCCGCCCAGGGGCGUGGGCGCUCGGGCUGCUCGGCGCGGGCUGGGGGCGGCUGGGCGGCGCGGACCCGAAGCUCCGGGCGGGGGCGUGCUGCGGCGCCCUGGUGUUGGCCGCGCAGCUGGCCUCCUGGCUGCUCGGCGCGGCCGUGCUGGAGGGCCCCGCCGGCAGGGCGCUGCUCACGGGGACCAAGUGGCUGGUCG